GAGUGCCGCAAUUCUUUUCUUUAUGACACCUGCAGCAUUCUACAAUGAUUCUAUCUUGUUGAACUUAGCUCUUGGACUGUUGCAGUUGCUGAUCCAAUCCGAAAAGUUACCGUCCUCAACGUGUCAGAUCCAGCGGGGAGAAGUGGUCCUCACUUGAACCUGCGGCUGCGGUCAGAUCCAUUCCUUCCAUUUAUCCAUCCGUCGUCGACCCUGCCGACCUGUACGCAGCGACAGACACAGCACCGACUGCUUGGAUGAUUUUCGAGCAGCUUGUCCUCGUCUCGUCCAUCCUCAUCACCUUUCUAUCCCUGCUGCUCGCACUCAAACUCGUCGCGCGAUCCACGCCUGCCGCUGCCUUUUUCCAUCCCCUUAAAGAUCUCGACGAAGCGACGAACAUCAUGUCGGACAACACUCAGAUCCUGGCCUUCAUCAUCGCCAUCAUCCUUGCCCUCGGCGCCUACCAGCUCAUCUUGACUCGUGCGAAGGGAAAGCCCAUCCUCGACCCAGCGAACUGGCAGAAGUUCAAGUUACUCGAAAAGAAACAGAUCUCGAAUAACACUGCAUUGUAUCGAUUCUGCCUACCGCAUCAAGAUUCCUACCUGGGUCUUCCCAUCGGUCAACACAUCUCUGUGCAAGCCGACAUCAAUGGAAAGAAGGUUGCUCGCAGCUACACGCCGACCUCCUCAGAUGACGACCGCGGGUUCUUUGACUUGGUCAUCAAGUCGUACCCGCAGGGCAAUAUAUCGCGAGUCUUUGGCGAGCUUAAAGUGGGCCAGUCGCUCGAGUUCAAGGGUCCCAAGGGCCAGAUGCGCUACUCUCCCGGUCUCUGUCGCCGUAUCGGUAUGAUUGCAGGCGGUACAGGCAUCACGCCGUGCCUGCAAAUCAUCCGCGCCGCGAUGAAGAACCCGGACGACAAGACGCGCAUCGACCUGAUCUACGCGAACGUCAAGGAGAGCGAUAUCCUACUCCGUGAGGAGCUCGACCGGGAAGCCAAGGCGCACCCUGACAAGUUCACCGUGCACUACUUUCUCAACGAGCCGCCUGCGGGUUGGCAGGGCGGCACCGGCUUCGUCACCAAGGAGGCCAUCAAGGAGAAGCUACCCGCUCCCGCGGACGACAUCAAGAUCCUCAUGUGCGGCCCCCCACCGAUGCUCAACGCCAUGAAGAAGCACCUCGAGGAGCUCGAGUACAAGAAGCCCAGGACUGUGUCCAAGCUCGAGGACCAGGUGUUCUGCUUCUGAACCAUUCUGAGAGGCUGUCUAUCGCCAAUCUGGACACUUGCAUCCACCGUGGCAUGCCAUGUGAGGGCGUGUCUGCACGCUGACGAUGAUGGCAGGAUAGAUGAGCCAUGGGUAAGGCGGGCAGGACGGGCGAAGAUGGCGAGGGGGAUAGCUCAGGGCUGCCAGGUAGCGCGCAUCUGGGCCACAAUGUGGCGUGACGAUGAAGCGCUGAGUGGACAUCCACUGUAGCAGUGAUAUGCAAGCAAGAGACAAACGAGCACAAUGAGCCGCUUGGCUAGAACGCGUGUAGAGCCUAGUACUUGUCACACCCAGCUUUGACCUGAUACACUGCUUUAGAGCUUUCGAAGCCAACAGAAUCAAUUCGUAGCUAUUCAACUUUGCAAUUAUGUACGCCAG